AUGAGCUCCCGCCCCGAGGCCGACACUCGUUACGCGGGCUCCCGCUUUGCGCAAGAACCACCCUACGGCGGCUCCACCGGCUCCUCCACCGCUCGCAACGCCGCCCCUCCUUCCUAUGCCUCGCUCGUCCCGGAGGGCAGCUCCGGCAAAGGCGCCAUGCUGGGUGCAUUCCUGAAUGAAUCCCCCUCGGCCGGCCACUUUACGCACCUGAACCUGUCCGGCCUGUCGAGCAAAAGUAGUGGUCACUGA